UUUUAAAAGAACAAAAUUGGCAAGUUAGAUUACAACGUCUUCCAUUUCAAGUCUGGAAAUGUCUGCCCCAAAAAUUAUUUUAUUGCUUGGUGCAAUGAUAGUUAUCUCUCAUGGCGAUAUAGCGAGGCGUUCAGAGCCUGCGACUGACACCGAUGAACUCUUUUCGGACAGUGUAGAUAGUCGAGAAGAUGAAAACCAAGACUUUCUUCCAGAAUUUUACAACCCCGAUGAUAUUCCCGAUGCACCAACGAAGCCCCCUAGUGACAACAAGCGAACUGACUGUUUGGAAGAGCUGUUCAUCCAAGCUGGAUUACGCAAGCAGUCCAUCCCGCGCUACAUUCAGGCCUUCCGAAACAACGAGUUGGACGUCGAUUCCCUGUACGGACUAAACUUCCUUGAACUGGUAACUCUGCUUCAGGGCAAGGCUUUCGGCAUAACCAAUGCUGGAGAUAUAUUCCGACUUCACAACUGCAUCCAUGACUAUGGAAAAUGCGUCAUGAAACCGUUCUGCCAGAAUAGUGGACGAUGUGUACAUGUGGAUAUCAUCCGCCAGCAUAUCUGCCAGUGUCCUGAGGAUUUCCAGGGUGACCAGUGCGAAGAGAAGGUGAAAGAUCGCCUCAGUAAGGUAGAAGACACUGUUGUGCUGCUCCAGCAUCAAGUUGCUCACUUUGGUGUUUCUUACACUCGCUGGGGAAAGGAAACGUGCAGCGAGACAGCUGGAGCCUCCCUAAUUUACACCGGGUUCAUGGCUGGUUCUCACUUCAAUCACAAAGGUGGUGCUGCCGAAUAUCUCUGCUUGCCCGAGGAGCCUCAGUAUGGAGACUUCAAACCUGGAGUUCAGUCAGGAAACCUGGUCUAUAUUAGUGAGUUGGAAACUCCUCAUACAUUUCAGCCUUUCACCGGCCUGUACCAGCACAAUCCAUUGUGUGCAGUAUGCCAGGCUGACUCUCGCGUGUCCCACAUCAUGAUUCCUGCUAGAAAUACCUGUCCUUCGGGCUGGACACUGGAGUACCAUGGAUAUCUAAUGGCGGAGCAUCAUACACACCGACGCACAAAGAAUGUCUGCGUGGAUGUGGACCCAGACGUUGGCAAGGGAACAUCAGCCAACCAGAAUGGAGCUCUACUGUACUUCACGGAGGUCACGUGUCAGAGUGAGAUGUCAUGUCCCCCAUACGACAAGGAGAAGGAGCUAACGUGCGCAGUAUGUACACGUUAACAGUACGCUCUUUAAUAGUACACGUGCUCCAAUCACCCAAGGAACGUAAUGUGCCACUCCAGAAAGCUCUCCACCAACUUGUAUAUUUUGGCACUUUGCGACUGGUUUGUACUGUAUGUUCUGUCUCUGCUACUUUUGGAUUACUCAGCAGUCUCAUGUACCACACAACCUAGAUAACUACCGUAGCAUUAGACUGCUUCUGUCUCUCAACGAACGUCUGUACACGCCCUUACACUACUUUCAAAAACUAUCCAACUACUCUAAAUUUUAUGUUUUCAUUUCCUGUCUUUUUUAGAAAUACAUGUACAUGUACCUUCUACUUUCCAAAGCUUGUUCCUCCACUUCUCACCUCCCUUUGGGAGGCCUCAAUUUUCUCCCGACACUCUCAUUGCCAUAACGGAUUUCUUCCAAACUCACACUGAAUCUCCCACCAGGUCCUACCAUCACUUGAAGCUGCUGUACUUAUUAGAUUGAACAUUUGCACAAUGACGUCAUGAUAGCGCUGUAAUGUAUUUCCUGUGCCUUAAAAUUCCUCCCCCCCC